UUCCGUCGAAGGGGCGGAGCUCUUGACUGCAGAAAUUUGACAGAGGAAGUGGCCGUCCAGCACAGCGUCCUCUGGACUUUGGUUCGUUCUCUUGUUGACAAACAGCUCCUCCUUCCCCAAAGCACCCUAGAAUAAAGAGAUGCCAUGGCAACAGAGGGGGAGCCGACCGACUUGAUCAAGGUGUUGCACCUGCUGCUGCUCUCCUUCACCUGGGGCAUGCAGGUGUGGGUCUCCUUCAUCGGAGGUUUCGCCCUGGUGAAGCAGGUAACGCUGCACACCUUCGGCUUGGUGCAGAGCAAGCUGUUUCCUGUAUACUUCUACUGCCUGCUGGGGAGUAACUUUGCCAGCCUGGCUGUGUAUGCCGUGUACCACCCCAGAGAGUUGCUGGACUGGCAUGAAAGUGUGCAGAUGGGCAUGUUCUUCGUGGCACUGAUCGUGGCAGGCCUGAACGCUCAGUGGUUCGGCCCAGCAGCCACCGAGGUCAUGUUUCAGAUGCGGGCCGUGGAGGAGGAGCACGGCCUGGGGAACCAGGUCGGCCUGGGCAGCCAGAGGGAGGAGUACGCCAAGCUGAAGGAGCAGGACCCAAAGUACGGAGCCUACAGGAAAACGUUUGGCCGUUACCACGGCCUGUCCAACCUCUGCAACCUGAUCGGCUUCAUCUGCGUCACGACCAAUCUGGUCUACACGGCUCUCAAACUGUCCACCAUUUAAAGGAGGGGGGGGGAAAUGACUGGGGCCUCUGGUCCACAGACAUCCCUGCACUGCCUCCG